AUGAGUCUUUCUUACUUCACACUGGAGCUGCUAGGUAAACUUCUUCCAUUCUUCCCUUUCACGUCUUUGUUUGGAGGUAGCGACAACAGUGCAGAUGAACAAAAAAUACCAGAUCACGCAGCUCUGGCUGGUAAUGAACAUGGGGACCCCAUCCAUCAAUUGGAAUAUCGGAUUUCAAGAAUUGAAGGAGUCCUUCGCUUGAACAAGAUUAUAACACAGUCAGGAGGAAAAAUCUUUGCUACCAAUGGAAGAAGAGCUGAUUUUGAUGGUACAGUGGAAAAAUGUAAAGAGGCUGGAGGCUCUAUUGCCACUCCAAAGAGCCCUAGGGAGAAUGAUGCCAUUCUGUACUUUGUGAAAUAUUUUAACUCCUACGCCUACCUGGGGAUAAAACAAUCCCUUAUUCCAGGAAGAUUCCAGCUGCUGAACGGUGCUCAGCUGAGCUAUACUAACUGGUAUCCAAAUGAACCUUCUGGCCAAGGGGAGGAGAAGUGUGUGGAGAUGUACACUGAUGGCACUUGGAAUGACAAGAAGUGUAACAAGAAUUACCUUAUUGUCUGCCAGUUUUAG